CGGGCCCCGCGGGGCGGCCGCGCUGGCGCGCCGCUUCGCCCGGAACUUUCUGGAACAUUUCCGCGCCGAGGUGGCGCGGGCGGCGGCGCCGGAAUCGCCGCGACUCGCCCCGGAAAGCGGCGGCGGCGAAGCGGCUGGAAUCGGCACGAAAUCGGUGGAGAUCGGCACGAAAUUCACUGAAAUCAGCCCAAAAUCGGCAGAGAUCGGCCCAAAAUCGGCAGAGAUCGGCCCAAAAUCGGCUGGAAUCGGCACGAAAUCGGCGGAGAUCGGCACGAAAUUCACUGAAAUUGGCACGAAAUCGGCUGGAAUCGGCACGAAAUCGGCUGGAAUCGGCACGAAAUUCACUGAAAUCGGCACGAAAUCGGCUGGAAUCGGCACGAAAUCGGUGGAGAUCGGCACGAAAUUCACUGAAAUCGGCACGAAAUCAGCUGGAGUCAGCACGAAAUCGGCAGAAAUCAGCCCAAAAUCAGCUGGAAUCGGCACGAAAUUCACGGAAAUCGGCACAAAAUCAUCAGAAAUCGGCACGAAAUCGGCUGGAAUCGGCCCAAAAUUCACUGAAAUCGGCACGAAAUCGGCUGGAACCGGCACGAAAUCGGUGGAGAUCGGCCCGAAAUUCACUGAAAUCGGCACGAAAUCGGCAGAAAUCGGCCCAAAAUUCACUGAAAUCGGCACGAAAUCAGCUGGAAUCGGCACAAAAUUCACUGGAAUCAGCCCAAAAUCGGCAGAAAUCGGCCCAAAAUUCACUGAAAUCGGCACGAAACCGGCGGAAAUCGGCCCGAAAUUCACUGAAAUCGGCCCAAAAUCGGCUGGAAUCGGCACGAAAUCGGCAGAAAUCAGCCCAAAAUCGGCAGAGAUCGGCACAAAAUUCACUGAAAUCAGCCCGAAAUUGGCAGAGAUCGGCCCGAAAUCAGCGGAGAUCGGCAUGAAAACAGCAAUUUGCCCAAAAUCGGCUGGAAUCAGCCCAAAAUUCACUGAAAUCCACCCAAAAUCAGCAGAAAUUGGCCCGAAAUCGGCGGAGAGCAGCACGAAAAGAGCAAUUUGCCCAAAAUCGACAGAAAUUGGCCCAAAAUCGGCAGAAGUCAGCCCAAAAUCGGCAAUUUGCCCAAAGUUCACUGAAAUUGGCCCAAAAUCCACUGAAAUCAGCCCAAAAUCAGCAGAAAUCGGCUCAAAAUCAGUGAUUUGCCCAAAAUUCACUGAAAUUGGCCCAAGAUUCACUGAAAUCGGCCCAAAAUCGGCAAUUUGCCCAAAAAUUGCUGAAAUUGGCCCGAAAUCGGCAGCAAUCGGACCAAAGUUGACUGAAAAUGGCCCAAAAUUGGCUGGAAUUGGCCCAAAAUGGGAUGAGAUUGGGCCGAAAUCGAUGGAAAUCAGCCCAAAAACAGCGAUUUGCCCAAAAUUGGUGGAAAUUGGCCCAAAAUCGGCGGAAAUUGGCAGAAAUUUGGCUGAAAUCGGCCCAAAAUUGUCGGAAAUCGAUCCGAAAUGGACCAAAAUGUGCCCAAAAUCGGCAGAAAUUGACCCAAAAUCGGUCGAGGCUGACCCGAAAUGGGCAGAAAUCGCCCCAAAAUGGGCUGAAAACGGCCCAAAACCGGCGGAAAUCGCCCCAAAAUCGCCGGAAUUCACCCCAAAAUCUCCGAGCCCCGCCCCCAGCCCGACCCUGCCCCAGAAUGCCCCAAAAUCGGCCCCGAAAUCAUCGGAUUUUGCCCCAAAAUCAGCCCCGAAAUCGGCGGAUUUUGCCCCAAAAGCGGCGGCCCCAAAAUCGUUGGAUUUUGCCCCAAAAGCGGCAGUGCCGAAAUCGGCGGAUUUUGUCCCAAAAUCAGCAGAUUUUGCCCCAAAAGCGGCGGCCCCAAAAUCGUUGGAUUUUGCCCCGAAAUUGGCGGAUUUUGUCCCAAAAUCGUCGGAUUUUGCCCCAAAAGCAACGGCCCCAAAAUCGUUGGAUUUUGCCCCAAAAGCGACGGCCCCGAAAUCGUCGGAUUUUGUCCCAAAAUCGUCGGAUUUUGCCCCAAAAGCGGCCCCAAAAUCGUCGGAUUUUGCCCCGAAAUUGGUGGAUUUUGUCCCAAAAUCGUCGGAUUUUGCCCCAAAAGCAACGGCCCCAAAAUCGUCGGAUUUUGCCCCAAAAUCGGCCCCAAAAUCGUCGGAUUUUGCCCCAAAAGCGGCAGUGCCGAAAUCGUCGGAUUUUGCCCCAAAAUCGUCGGAUUUUGCCCCAAAAGCGCGGCCGCGCCGCCGCUUCUCGCUGCGCUCCGUGGGGCGCAGCGUCCGUGGGAUGCUCCAGUGGCGCCCCGGGGAGACCCAAAAACGCCGGAAUUCACCCCAAAACUUCCCGCAGCCCCAAAACCCCCAAAAUCCGCCCCAAAAUCCCCAAAAUCCGCCCCAAAAUCUGCCCCAAAAUCCCCAAAAUUCGCCCCAAAACUCCCCCCCGGACUCGGAGCCGAACCCGCGGGACUCGCCCCAAACCCUUCGGGAUUUGACCCAAAAUCGCCGGAAUUCGCCCCAAAAGGAGCCCCCGGGGCGCGCCCCUCCCCCCCAGGCGGCCUCGGGGCUGGAGCUGCUGCCGGAGCCGCGCCCGAGCCCCCCGGACGACGCCGACGCCGCCUCGGACUCGGAGAGCGCCGAGCUGCUGGGACCAGGUAAAAACCCCAAAAUCCCCCAAAAUCACCCCAAAAUCACCCCCAGAAUGGGCGUGGCCUCAGCCCCGGGGGGCGUGUCCUGGUCGGGGGGCGUGGCCGGCGCGCUGGGGGCGUGGCCCUGGUUCCACGGGACGCUGCCGCGCAUGCGCGCCGCGCAGCUGGUGCUGCAGGGGGGGCGGGGCGGCCACGGCGCCUUCCUGGUGCGGCAGAGCGAGACCCGGAGGGGCGACUUCGUGCUCACCUUCAACGUGCUGGGCAAGGCCAAGCACCUGCGCCUCUCGCUGAACGAGGCGGCGCAGUGCCGCGUGCAGCACCUCUGGUUCCAGAGCAUCUUCGACAUGCUGGAGCACUUCCGGGUGCACCCCAUCCCCCUGGAGUCGGGGGGCGCCGGGGACGUCACCCUGCUCAGCUACGUGGUGGCCUCCCAGCGGCUCUGCGGUCGCUCGAGCCUCGCCGACCCCUCCCCCACCGCCGCCGCCCCUCCCCCACCCCCGCACUGACCCCUCCCCCUCCCCCUUUUGGGGCUCUU